AUGUCUUGCCCAAAGUUAGCGAAUCUGGGUCGAGCUUUGUGGCAGAGAAGUAACAAGACGCCACCUUUUCCGCGGUCUGUAAAGAUCCAAGCCUUAGCAUGUGGCAGUUUGGGUUCUGGUAUGUCUGGCAAUGAGGGAGGUAAAUGUUGCAAAAGUGGACCGAACUGUGGCUCAACCCAAAUCUCCGCUGCUGCAGCCUCCCCGUCCCAGUCUCCAUCGCCACCCUCUCCAGCUCACAGACACCAAGUGGUGGGUAAGAUGAGGAGCGAGGAGUCGCUGGGAGUGUCGGGACGGUCCUAUUCAUCCACCGCGCCCCAAGUUGACCCCAAGACCUACCUGUGGGCACGCUACAACGAAAUGAAGCGCCUCGUGCACGAUCUGAUUCCUCCCGGGGUCUGUAAUUUGCUGAACCCCUCCACCAUCUACGCCAACAACGAGGUGGACUUGGACAAAGUGGACAUCUACGGCUUUGACUACGACUACACGCUGGCCCUGUACUCCGACGCCCUGGACGCCAUGAUCUACGACAAGGCGCGCGAGUUCCUGGUGGAGCAUUACAAGUACCCUCAGGGCAUAAUGAAGUACGACUACGUCCCAAACUUCGCGGCUCGUGGUCUUCAUUACGAUAUCCAGAAGGGGCUGCUGAUGAAGAUCGAUGCUUUCCAUUACAUCCAGCUGGGUACCGUUUACAGGGGGUUCAGUCCCGUCCCAGAUGAGGAGGUUUUGCAGCUUUACGGCGGGACCAACCACGUGCCCCUCCACCAGGUCAGCGGAUUCUAUGGCAAGGGGCCCAAGAUUAAGCAGUUCAUGGAUGUUUUCUCCCUUCCGGAAAUGACCCUCCUGGCCGCCGCCAAUGACUACUUCAUUUCCAACGACAUCGAGUACGACCCCGAGCACCUGUACAAGGACGUCUCGGAGGCGGUGGGGAUGGUCCACAUCAAGGGCUUCAUGUACAAGUGGAUCAUGCAGGACGUGGAGAAGUUCAUCCUGCACGGAGACGAGACCUACGCUGUUCUUCAUCGCCUCGCCAACAGCGGCAAGAAGCUCUUCCUCAUCACAAACAGCCCCUUCAGCUUCGUGGAUAAAGGUAUGCGAUACAUGGUCGGGAAGGACUGGAGGGAGUUCUUCGACGUGGUCAUCGUACAGGCCGACAAGCCGCACUUCUUCAACGACUGUGUCAAACCUUUCAGGCGCCUGGACAGCAACGGAGACCUUCAGUGGAACAAGAUCGACAGGCUGGACAAGGGGCAGAUCUAUAAGCAGGGGAACCUUUUUGACUUCCUGCGGCUGACGGGAUGGAGAGGUUCCAGAGUGCUUUAUUUCGGAGACCAUCUGUACAGCGACUUGGCAGACCUGAUGCUGCGGCACGGCUGGCGUACGGGAGCCAUCGUGCCGGAGCUGGAGGUGGAAACCAGGGUGGUGAACACGGAGCAGUACGCCCAGAGCCUCACCUGGCUGCAGGCACUGACCGGCCUGCUGGAGCGCAUGCAGAUGCACCGGGAUCCAGAGUCCAUAAAGGUUCUGGAGGACUGGCUCAAAGAGCGUGAGGAGCUGCGCGCCGUGACGAAGAACCUGUUCAACCCGCAGUUCGGGAGCAUCUUCCGCACCUGCCACAACCCCACCUACUUCUCCCGCCGGCUGUGCCGCUUCUCGGACCUGUACAUGGCGUCCCUGAGCUGCCUGCUGAACUACGACCUGUCCUACACCUUCUACCCGCGCCGCACGCCCCUGCAGCACGAGGCCCCGCUCUGGAUGGACCAGCUGUGCACCGGCUGCAUGAAGACGCCCUUCCUGGAGGAGAUGGCGCACAUCCGCUGAGCCCCCCCCCCCGCCCCUCCGCCCGCUGAGCCCCGCCCCCCGCGCCCCGCCUCCCCCCGCGCUCGGGCACGCGCGGGCUCGGACGCCCACCGACCGAACACCGCGCAAGCUCGGCGGGACGGGGCCGCUCUUUUACCGCGCGGGACUCUGUCACGGGCUGCAGAACUGCGCCCUCUGCUGGAAGCAGGUCGCUAUAGAGAGUGUUACAGCGACGGUGGCUUUUUGGAGGCCGACCCGGAAGUUUCUCCCGCCGCGGGUUCCUCGGCAGAUGUCGGUAACGGCUUAUAAAUUCACGGUUGAGAUAUUAACGGGUGAAUUUAAGUUACAGAACGAAACGUGAAACUCUCUUCGGCUUAUGUUAACUACAGACCUUAUUUUCAUUGGUAAACCCUGUGGAGGGAAAAAUGCUUUGUAAAAUCUGCCGAGGGAACCAGAGGCUCAGAAAUGCUAACUCGCUUCCCGGGUUUUAGGACUACGGACUGUGACACUCUACUGGGGUACUUUCUUAAGCGUGGUUGAUAGUCUAGGUAUCUUUACAUAAGCUGUUCUCUGUACGUUCACAAAGCUACUGGUGAGACCCGGCCUGAGUGUGAAAUGUUGCAUGCUAAACAUUUUGGAAUCAUCUCAUUGCAAACGCGUAGCGGACGCGCCCGUUCCCAGGCGGGAGCACUGUGAGCCGGGAGCACGGUGUCCCCUCGCGGCCGGGGUCUGAUGUCUUUGGGUGUAUAUAAAGGGAGAGUUCAAUCCCUGCUGCAUAGUGCAAGUAGAUGACCUAACGUUAGCAGCUUGUUGCCAUGGUACCAAACCAAAAAACAGACCGGCUUGUUGUUGUUGUUGUUGUCCGAGAUGAAACGAUGGAAAGGAAUGAAUAUGCCAGCGCCUUGUACCUUAGCAUUUAUUUACUGUGUUCUGCCAUUGGUACAAACCAUGAACCUACUGUUUGUAUGUCUCUCUCUCUCUCCCUCCCUCUGUCUCUCUCUGUCUCUGUCUGUCUGUCUGUCUCUCUCUCUCUCUCUCUCUCUCUCUCCCCCUCCCUCUGUCUCUCUCUCUCACUCACACACACACACACACACACAGAUCUUUUGAACAAACGGGGUUUUUAAAAUGGGAAGGCCUUGGAGUUUUGAGCUGGGGGUGGGAUAAGGUUAAAAGAUCGUUAUUUACUCUCAUGCUUAAAUUUUCUCAAACACUAGAGUACUUCGGACAUCAUAAAACAAGUGCUAGCGCCAGGUUCCACAAAUGUACGCACAAGCAGACCAAGCAGAUUUCGAAUCUGUGGGUCUUCUUUUUUUUUUUAAAUAUGUUUUUGUACCACCUUGUGCCAUCUGAAUGACAGAUGUGUAUGCAAUCAAUAAAGCGUUGUGUAUAGAA